AUGGAGACACUGAACGGCCCCGCGAGCGGCGGCGCCCCGGACACGAAGCCGCAGCCGCCCGGCCAGCACCACCGCCACCACCACCUCCACCCGCUGGCUGAGAGGCGGCGGCUGCACCGCGCACCCUCGCCCGCCAGACCCUUCCUCAAGGACCUGCACGCCCGGCCCGCCGCGCCCGGUCCGGCCCCGGCCGGCCCGUCCUCCGGCCGAGCCCCGGCGCCCGCCGCACCGCGCUCGCCCAACCUCGCGGGCAAGGCGCCGCCCUCGCCGGGGCCCCCGGCCGCGCCCGGCCGCCUCUCCCGGCGUAGCGGCGGCGUCCCCGGCACGAAGGACAAACCACCGCCGGGCGCCGGGGCCAGGGCAGCGGGCGGCGCCAAGGCUGCCUUGGGAACCAGGAGGGUGGCGCGCGCGGCGCCCGCUGAGCCGCUGCCCCGGGCGGGGAAGUCUCCCGGGGCGGAGCCGCUGCCCGCCGCUGCCAAGGGCCGCAAAGCCAAGCGCGGCUCCGGGGCGGCCCCCGCGCGCACCGUUGGCCCCACGGCCUCGGCCGCCCGGAUCCCCGCCGUGACCCUCGCCGUGACCUCGGCAGCCGGCUCCCCGGCCCGAGGCUCGCGCAUCAGCCACACGGACAGUAGCUCCGACCUCUCCGACUGCCCCUCCGAACCCCUGUCGGACGAGCAGCGCCUGCUUCCAGCAGCCAGCAGCGACGCCGAGUCCGGCACGGGCUCCAGCGACCGAGAACCCCCGCGGGGAGCGCCCACGCCGAGCCCCGCAGCCCGGGGGGCGCCGCCGGGUAGCCCCGAGCCCCCGGCGCUCCUCGCCGUGCCCCCAGCCGCCGGCGCUUGUCUCGGGGGCCGGAGCAGCCCGGGCGGGGUUUCCGCGGGGUCCCCGGGGCCAGGCUCAGCGGAGGAUGCCCGGGGCCGCGGGCCGCCCGAGCGACCGGUUCCCGGGACCCCCAAGGAGCCCAGCCCGGGCGAGCAGCCGCGGCUUGUACCGGCGGUGGAGGAAGAGGAGCUGCUGCGGGAGAUGGAGGAGCUGCGCUCGGAGAACGACUAUCUCAAGGAUGAGUUAGACGAACUCCGUGCUGAAAUGGAAGAAAUGAGAGACAGUUAUUUAGAGGAAGAUGUUUACCAGCUGCAGGAACUUCGGCGAGAACUGGACCGUGCUAAUAAAAACUGCCGAAUCCUGCAGUACCGUCUCCGGAAAGCAGAGCAGAAAAGCCUGAAAGUGGCCGAGACAGGGCAGGUGGAUGGCGAGCUCAUCCGAAGCCUGGAGCAGGACUUGAAGGUGGCCAAGGACGUGUCUGUCAGGUUGCACCAUGAACUCGAGACGGUGGAGGAGAAGCGCACUAAAGCUGAGGACGAGAAUGAAACUCUGCGACAGCAGAUGAUCGAAGUGGAAAUAUCCAAACAGGCGCUCCAGAACGAGCUGGAGAGGCUGAAGGAGAGUUCCCUGAAAAGACGAGGCAGCCGGGAAACGUACAAAGAGAAGAAAACCUUUAACCAGGAUGACAGUGCCGAUUUGAAGUGCCAGCUUCAGUUUGCCAAAGAGGAAGCCUCCCUGAUGCGCAAGAAAAUGGCCAGGCUAGGACGGGAGAAGGACGAGCUGGAACAGGAGCUCCAGAAGUACAAGUCCCUCUACGGCGACGUGGACAGCCCCCUCCCCACGGGGGAAGCGGGUGGGCCCCCCAGCACCCGCGAGGCCGAGCUGAAGCUGCGGCUGAAGCUGGUGGAGGAGGAAGCCAACAUCUUGGGCCGAAAGAUCGUGGAGCUGGAGGUGGAGAACCGCGGCCUCAAAGCGGAGAUGGAGGACGCGCGAGGCCAGCACGAGCGAGAGGGGCUGGGCCGGGACCCUGCGCCCGGCAUUCCUACCUCACCCUUCGGCGACUCCGUGGAGUCCUCCGCAGAGCUGCGCCGCCACUUGCAGUUUGUGGAGGAGGAGGCGGAGCUGCUCCGCAGGUCCAUAUCCGAGAUCGAGGACCACAACCGGCAGCUGACACACGAGCUGAGCAAGUUCAAGUUUGAGCCUCGCCAGGAGCCGGGGUGGCUCGGGGAGGGAAAGGGUGCCGGGGCCGGGGCGCCCCUGCAGGAGGAGCUGAAGUCGGCCAGGCUGCAGAUCAGCGAGCUGAGCGGGAAGGUGCUGACGCUGCAGCACGACAACCGCGUGCUGCAGUCCAGCGUCCAGCGCUGCGACCUGGCCAUGCCCCUGGGGCCGCGCGCCCCGAGCCCCCGGGACAGCGAUGCGGAGAGUGAUGCGGGCAAGAAGGAGAGCGACGACGGGGAGGAGGGCCGCCUGCCCCAGCCCAGGCGGGAGGGCCCUGUAGGUGGCGAGAGCGACUCAGAGGAGACGUGUGAGAAGACUUCGGGCUUCGGGAGCGGGAAGCCGUCGGAGGCCAGCGAGCCAUGCCCCGUGGAGCUCCUGAAGGCCCGCGAGGACUCUGAGUGCCUGGUGACCAUAAAGCACGAGGCCCAGCGGCUUGAGCGGACCGUGGAGCGGCUCAUCACGGACACCGACAGCUUCCUCUGCGACACGGGGGCCGCCUUGGAGCCUGGCGUCCAGCGCGAGCGUGCCCAGGACGAGCCCCACUUGCUGGGCACCAUCAACGCGAAGAUGAAGGCUUUCAGGAAGGAACUGCAGGCCUUCCUGGAGCAGGUGAACCGGCUGGGGGACAGCCUCUCGCCCUUGCCCCACCUCACAGAGUCCUCCAGCUUCCUCUCCACUGUGACCUCCGUGUCCCGGGACUCCCCCAUCGGGAACCUGGGGAAGGAGCUGGGCGCAGACUUGCAGUCCAGACUGAGAGAGCAGCUAGAGUGGCAGCUCGGUCCGGCCCGGGGGGACGAGCGGGAGAGCUUGCGCCUUCGAGCCACAAGGGAGCUGCACCGCCGCGCCGAUGGGGACGCCGGGAGCCACGGGCCAGGAGGCCAGAGCUGCUUCAGCCUGGAGAUGGAGGAGGAGCACCUCUACGCCUUGAGGUGGAAAGAACUGGAAAUGCACAGCCUGGCCUUGCAGAACACCCUGCACGAGCGAACCUGGAGUGACGAGAAGAAUCUGAUGCAGCAGGAGCUCAGGUCACUGAAGCAGAACAUUUUCCUCUUCUACGUCAAACUCAGGUGGCUGCUGAAGCACUGGCGGCAAGGCACGCAGAUGGAGGAGGAAGGGGAGGAUCUCACCGAGGGCGAGCAUCCAGAGACCCUCCCUGGGCUCGGCGAGCUUGGAGUCCAGGGGGGUCACCAGGCAGGCGGCCCAGACCGGGAUGAUGGCGAUCGCAGCUGUGGCUUCCCGGUGGGGGAGCAUCCCCCGCACUCCCCGGUGCAGACUGGAGACCAUGGCUCGCGGCUGCAGACCGUGGACAGGGGACAGCUCCACAGGCAGGUGGUGGAAAACCAGCAGCUGUUCAGCGCCCUCAAGGCCUUGCUGGAGGACUUCCGCUCGGAGCUGCGCGAGGACGAGCGUGCCCGGCUGCGGCUGCAGCAGCAAUACGCCAGCGACAGGGCGGCCUGGGACGUGGAGUGGGCCAUGCUCAAGUGCCGCCUGGAACAGCUGGAAGAGAAGACGGAGAACAACUUGGGAGAACUAGGCUCUUCUGAGAGCAAAGGAAUCUUGAAGAAGGAGAGGGAGGUGCACCAGAAGCUCCUGGCCGACAGCCACAGCCUGGUCAUGGACCUGCGCUGGCAGAUCCAUCACAGCGAGAAGAACUGGAAUCGGGAGAAGGUGGAACUUCUCGACCGCCUGGACAGAGAUCGGCAGGAGUGGGAGCGGCAGAAGAAGGAACUCCUGUGGAAGAUAGAGCAGUUGCAGAAAGAGAACAGUCCCCAGAGAGGCGGCAGUUUCCUCUGUGAUCAAAACGAAGGCAGCACUCGCCCCUUUCUCCACCAGGGGAGCCUCCGCAUGCCCCACCCUGCAGCACUGUGGCCCUGCGCAGACGCCGACUCCAUCCCGUUUGAAGACCGGCCGCUGUCCAAGCUGAAGGAGUCAGACAGGUGCUCGGCCAGUGAGAACCUCUACCUGGACGCCUUGUCCCUGGAUGACGAGCCAGAGGAGCCGCCACCCCGCCGGCCUGAGAGGGACUUCAGGAACUGCCUCCCUGAGGAAGAAGAAAAUCACAAGGGAAAUCUUCAAAGGGCAGUGUCUGUGUCCUCCAUGUCCGAGUUUCAGCGCCUGAUGGACAUCUCCCCCUUCCUGCCUGAGAAGGGGCUGCCAUCCACCAGUGCCAAGGAGGAUGUUACCCCACCCCUGUCUCCUGACGACCUCAAGUACAUCGAGGAGUUCAACAGCAAGAGCUGGGACUACACGCCCCCCAGGGGCCAUGGCGGGGCUGGGACCGAGAGGCCUCCAGACCUCUGGGCAGACAGGACCGAGGUAGGGCCGACAGGGCACGAGGCCACCACGGAGCCUUUCCCCGACUCCUCCUGGUACCUGACCACGAGCGUCACCAUGACGACGGACACCAUGACCAGCCCAGAGCACUGCCAGAAGCAGCCGCUGAGGAGCCACGUCCUCACUGAGCAGUCCGGGGUGCGCGUGCUGCACAGCCCGCCUGCCGUGCGCAGGGUGGACAGCAUCGCCACGGUGGGCAACGAGGGUCCCUUUCCCACAAGCAGAGCCAGAGGGAGCCUGGGAGACGCCAAGGGGGGCCCUCUGGAACCCAUGCUCAGCAGGUGGCCUUGCACUCCCCCUAGACACCCCAGAGACUACGUGGAAGGGGCAUGGCGCCCCCUUGAUAGCCCCCUCUGUGCCUCCCUGGGGUUUGCCUCCCCUCUGCACAGCCUGGAGAUAUCCAAGAACAUGAGUGAUGACAUGAAGGAGGUGGCCUUCUCCGUCAGGAAUGCCAUCUGCUCUGGUUCCACCAAGCCGCAAGUCAAGGACAUGGCCUGCCAGACCAACGGGUCCCGGACGAUGGGGACACAGACCACCCAGACCAUCAGCGUGGGCCUGCAGACUGAAGCCCUGCGUGGCAGUGGUGUCACCAGCAGCCCCCACAAGUGUCUCACGCCAAAGGCAGGGGGCGGUACCACGCCCGUGUCGUCUCCUUCCCGCAGCCUUAGGAGCAGGCAGGUGGCCCCUGCCAUCGAAAAGGUACAGGCCAAGUUUGAACGCACAUGCUGCUCCCCCAAGUAUGGUUCUCCCAAGCUGCAGAGAAAGCCCCUCCCCAAAGCUGACCAGCCAAAUAACAGGACCUCACCAGGGAUGGCCCAGAAAGGGUACAGCGAGUCGGCCUGGGCCCGCUCCACCACCACGAGGGAGAGCCCCGUGCACACCACCAUCAAUGACGGCCUCUCCAGCCUCUUCAACAUCAUCGACCACAGCCCCGUGGUGCAGGACCCCUUCCAGAAGGGGACGCGGGCCGGCAGUCGGUCUCGCUCGGCAGAACCGCGACCAGAGCUGGGCCCAGGCCAGGAAACGGGCACUAGUUCCCCAGGAAGGUCGCCCAGCCCCAGUGGGGUGGGCUCAGAGAUGUGCAGGGAGGACGGGGGAGAGGGCACGCCUGUGAGGCAGGACUUAUCCGCGCCGCCUGGCUACACGCUCGCGGAGAACGUGGCCCGGAUCCUCAACAAGAAGCUGCUGGAGCACGCCUUAAAGGAGGAGAGGAGGCAGGCCGCCCACGGCCCCCCAGGUCUUAACAGCGACAGCCACUCGCUGGGGGACGCGGCUGAGCCAGGGUCCAUGGAGAACCAAACUGUCUUACUAACUGCCCCCUGGGGACUCUAG